AUGAAGGAAGCCAACAUUACAAUAGUAAAUGAAUUCAUUCUCAUGGGGCUUUCUGACCUUCCAGAAGUGCGUUAUUUUCUUUUUGUGAUGUUUGUGAUCAUCUAUUUGGCCACCUUGGCAGGCAAUAUCACCAUCCUCAUUGCCAUACGGACAGACAGCUGCCUGCACAAUCCCAUGUAUUUCUUCCUCAGCCACUUGUCCUUGCUGGAUAUCUUGUCCCCCACGAUCACAGUGCCAAAGAUGCUGAAUGUUCUCCUGUCAGAGAACAAGAAGAUUUCUUUUACUGGCUGCAUGGUGCAGCUGUUCUUUCUCAUUGAUGUGGUGAGUACAGAGAUCUUCCUUCUGUCAGUUAUGGCCUACGACCGCUACGUUGCCAUAUGCCAUCCACUGAAGUACACAAAUAUCAUGAAUAGGAGGGUGUGCGGUCAGCUGGCAGUUGGCACCUGGAUCGCAGGAUUUUUCAAUUCCCUACUGCACACAUCAUUCACAUUUACGCUUUCCUUCUGUGGACCAAAUGAAGUCAAUCAAUAUUACUGUGACAUCCCUCCAGUGCAAGCCCUCUCUUGCUCAUCCACCUAUGCAAGUGAAACGAUACACAUGAUUGUGGCUGGGGUUGUAGGAGGCAGUGCCUUUGUUAUCACCCUGAUCUCUUACAUCUAUAUCCUCUGGGCCAUCAUGCACAUGCGCUCACCUGAGGGCCGACACAAUGCUUUCUCCACCUGUGCCUCCCACCUGACUGUGGUGUGCCUUUUCUAUGGGACCAGCAUUUUUACCUAUAUAAAGCCAUCUUCCAGCUACUCUCCAAAUCAGGAUCGCAUUGUUUCUAUGUUGUAUGGUGUUGUCACUCCCAUGUUGAACCCCAUGAUCUACAGUCUGAGGAAUAAAGGCAUGAAACAAGCCCUGAAGAGAGUGAUCAGCCAGAACAGGUUUAUAUUACAGAGUUAA